AUGGUUAGACAGACGGGUCGCACUUCUGAUGAUUCUGUUCAUAGAUUCUGGUAUGAAGACUUUUGGGCUCUAUAUUUUCCAAAUCUUGUGGAGUGUCACAAUGAGGGCCUCCCAGAAGACAAUCCAGAAGUGCAAGUUUCAGGCGCGAACCGAAGAGACUGGAAGUUGUCUAUGCUAUAUGCAAUCACGCUGCGUAAAUUAUUCAUCAGUGAUGAAGGAUGGCUGGGUCUAGCGCCAAUGAACUCGGUUCCAGGUGAUAGAAUUGCACUACUUGAAGGCGGCAGAGUACCUUUUAUUCUUCGACCUACGGGAAACGAAAAUCAGUUUGAGAUGGUUGGUGAUGCAUAUGUGCAUGGGAUUAUGGAUGGUGAGGCUUGGGAUGAAGGGAAGGAUUUGAUUGAUAUUGUUCUGGUGUAG